CCAAAGAUAGGAGAACGAAGGCAAUGGCUUGCAAUCUCUGCUUAUCUAAACCCCUGCUUCUUUUCUUAGCUCUUUUUCUAGGGGCCUUCACCACCUUCUUGGAGGCACAAGAUCCUUCCGAAUUGAGUUUGGACUACUACUUGAAGGCAUGCCCAACGGCUGAGCUGAUUGUGAGAAAAGAGAUGGAGUGUGCAGUGCAAGCCGACCCCCGCAAUGGGGCCGCCAUCCUUCGUCUCCACUUCCAUGAUUGUUUUGUUCAGGGCUGCGAUGGAUCGGUGCUGCUGGACGACACAGUCACACUGAUAGGGGAGAAGAAAGCAGAACAGAAUGCAAACUCUCUGAAAGGUUUUGACAUUGUUGACAAGAUUAAAACCAAACUGGAGGCUGUGUGCCCCGGCGUAGUAUCCUGUGCUGAUUUGCUCGCCAUAGCAGCAAGAGACGCAGUCAUUCUGGCUGGGGGGCCCUACUGGGAUGUACCGGUGGGCAGGAAGGAUUCCAAGACUGCUAGCUUGGAACAAGCAAACACAGACAUUCCAACUCCCAAGCAGGGCCUGGUCACAAUCAUCUCCAAGUUCCUGGCAAAAGGUCUCUCACCAACAGACAUGGUGGCCCUUGUAGGUUCCCACACCAUCGGCGUGUCUCGCUGUGCCAACUACCGGGAUAGAAUCUAUGGAGACUUCGAACUGACAUCAAAGCUUGAAGGAACCUCUCUACUAUACCUUAGCAAGCUGAAACAGGAUUGUCCCUUGGAUGGAGGAGACAAUAACGUUUCUCCCAUGGAUAACUUCACACCCACCCUCUUCGACAAUGCCUACUUUGAGACCCUCCUCAAAGGAACUGCCCUUCUGAGUUCCGAUCAGGAGAUGUAUUCAAGCCUAUUAGGAUUCGAAACCUCCAGCCUCGUCGAGAAGUACUUUGCGGACCCUAUCGCCUUCUUCCAGCAAUUCUCUAAUUCUAUGGUGACAAUGGGUAAUAUCACCAACCCUGAGGGUGGAGAAGUGAGGAAGAACUGCAGAUUUGUGAACACCUAGGACCUUUAAACUCUUGUCUACUAUUGCUACAUUGCCUGUUUUUUCUUUACAUGUUGAUUACGAAGUAUAUGCAAUAAGGUUUGUAUUAGAUUGCAAUCAAAAAGAGGGUUUGUAUGA